AUGUUUAAAGAACAAUAACUGUAUAUGAAAAAAGGAAAAAUUAGGAGAUAUAUAGUAAAAUAUAUUGUAAAAUAAUAAUUUUAUUAUUAUUGUAUUGAAGAAGUAAUUUUUGUAUAUAAACGGUGGAGAUUUUACAUUGUUACUGCAACAGAGAAAUAGCUAAUUCAUUUUAAAAUUAAAUUUAAGUACAGCAGGUAUUGGGAAUCAAAAUUGUACUGUAAAAACAAAUGUUUCUAGGCACUUCAGAGAUGUUUUCCAGAACACCUGUGGACUAACUUGGAUUUUCCCACCUGUAAAGGGCAGAACAAUUUUCCAGCCACACGUCAGACUCAAAGUUAAUCAUCAUCAGAAACUUCAGUGCUUUCAGAAACUAAACAGGUCUCCGGUUUCAUUAGCUUUUUGCCAGUCAUAUUUCAAAUCUGAAAUGUUACAGAAUGGCAUUUAUCCUGUUUGGCUUCUGUUAUUGUUUGGGUUGGGCAACAGUGGAGCAUUGAAAGACCCUCAUCCAGAACUAUCGGAUCAGGAUCUUUUCUGGGGAGCGGAUCAGUAUGACUUUGCCAUCAUGCUGCGUGCCGCAGAUCUCCAGUGCUUCUGGCACUUUGCUCACUAUGGUGAACGCUUCUACUUACACUUCAUGGUCCAGCUGGUGACUGGUGUGGCCCUUGAUAGACAUCUGUCUGUGACUGUUAAUGCUCCGAGCGGAUUAAUAGUCGGCAGAGCUGACGAUGCAAGUGGUCAGAUUGCAUUCCGUGUUGAGGAGACUGGUUUUUAUCAGAUGUGCUUCAGCAAUUUCCACAAUCGCUUUGGGAGCAUGCAGGUUUUCCUGAACUUUGGUGUGUAUUACGAGGGACAAGAGGAGAAAAAGGAAGAAGAGAAGAAAAAGAAAGAAGAGGAUAUGAAACAGAUAAACAGUACCUUGUUCUUCAUUGAGGAGAGCAGCACCAGACUGCAGAAGUUUGUCUUCCACAUGUGGCGUCACUACAACUACGAGCGAAUGAGACGAGGAGCUGAUUUCUACCUGCUUCAGUCCAACUCCACUUAUGUGAACAUCUGGUCUGCUGUCCAGAGUCUCGUCAUCAUCACUGCUGGAUACCUGCAGCUCAGCUUCCUCAAGAGGCUCUUCAAAAGCAAACCAGCAGAGGGCGACAAACCCCGCUGUUAACGAACUCUAGACCUGUGACUGUUUCACCUCCAUUUAUAACCUGAUCUUAAAAAAUUCAUACAUGGCUGAUUCUUCAACAUUAGAAUUGUUUUAUUGUAUAAUGGGUUUAUUUUUUGUUAUAUCAAGGCGCCAUUUUAACUUUUUUUUUUUUUUUUAAUUCUUUUCAAAUGCUUUUUAUGCAGAGAUUUCUUUAUUUUGCCCUUGUCCCAGAAAGAGACUUUAGAAUAUUAAAGGUUAAAUUCACCCAAAAAUGAAAAUUCUG